AUGGUGCCAGUUCUGCUCCAGAGGGUAGGAUCUAUACCCUGAAUUACAAGAAAGGAGAUUCCAGCUAAAGGUUAGGGGAAAACUUUUUGAUGGCAAGAGCUGUUCCAACAGUGCAGCAGAUUCCAUCUGAAGGUGGUGGAUUCUCCUUCAUUAGAGGUUUUUAAGCAGAGGUUGGAUGGCCAUCUCUCAGGGAUUCUUCAGUUAAGAUCCCUGCAUUGCAGGGGUUUGGACUAGAUGACGUCCCUUCCAACUCUUCAGUUCUAUGAGUCUAGGGUGGGAUGCAAAAAUAAAGCAGUUAAAAACAAAACACACACUUAUUACCAGUGCUUUUUUUCCUUAAAAUGUUUUGGGGGUACUCCUUUUCCUACUCAUAUUGAUAUACUGCCCCUCAACGAGGCCAAACUUAGAUUCACAAAAUGUUUAGGGGUAUGCGUACCCCCCCCCCCGAAAAAGCACUGCUUAUUACAAAUCAUAAAAGUACAACCACAAACCAUCCAGUAACAAAAAUCAACAAAGCAGCAGCAGUAGUAAUAUUAGAAUGGCAAUGCACAAGGGCUUGAGCAUGGCUUCCUUGCGGCCUCCCCAAGCACUGUGCAAGGACCUCAAGCUGCUGUAGCUCAGAGAAAGAGGCAGCAUCUCCUGUGCAGCAGUCAGAGGAUGCCAGACAACAUGGCGCCAUUAAGUCCCAGGCCAGGACCAUUAGCCGCUCUGAUUCCAACACCUAAGCAGCUUUCUUGACAAAAGAGCCUUAGAACGCUGAGCAAGGGCAAUGCAGGAAGCGAAUGCUUCUUGCCCCCUCAGGAGACUUGGAAUCUCUCUUCCAUAUCAACACACCCGGACCGUCUGUCUUGUUUUCACUCUCACUUCUCCUGUGCGGAGCAUGCAAAGGAUACAGUGGCUGUUCUGCUGGCAUAGCAGUGUAUCUCUCCCAGUCACUGAGUGAGAGAGACACUCAGAGAGACACACUUCUGCAACUAAUGCAUGCUCACUCAGACUCAGCCCAGGAGAAGAGGGUGAAAAUACAGGCAGGUGGCUGAGUGGUUUUCUGGGAUAUGCUUAUGUAGAUAAGCUUUCCAUGCCAAUGGUGAUGUCAUAGUGUAGCAUGUGCCACAGUUCUGUUACCAUAGUUGUGAGCAUGGCAUGGAACAGAUUGCCUUGGUGUGAUUGCCUUCGCAAAGGCAAAAUGCUAGCACUUGGUAGCUAACAAUUAAAAAUGACCCAAAGGUAGGUUUGUAGAUGUAAUUGUUUCCUGGUUUGGAGAUGCAGAUCCUAAUGUUGACACUAAAAUCAGUAGAUGUCAGAAUCACAGUACUGGUAGCAGAGGAAGGCUAGCACUGUUCACCCUGACAGCCUGCAGGUGAAUGCCCUUCUCAUUACUGCCUGAGUCUUCUGCAAAGUGUGUGGUCAGCCACAUAAGCUAUAUACUUCCCACCCUAGCUUUUGGAAGAGCUCCUGUUUCUCCUAGGAAAGGAUAACUACCCUCCAACACUCCUUAGAAAAUAGGGACAUUCUUUCACUUGGAGAUUGGGUUGGUGCAGAACAAUAGUUGUGUCAAGGUUAUGUAAAGAGGAAUCCUGAGAACAGUACAUUGGAACCUCGGGUUACGGCGGGGAUCCGGGGAUCCGUUCCGGAGGCCCCGCCGCAACCCAAAAACGACGCACAUUGAAGUGCCGCGUCUGCACACACGCAGCACGAUUUAGCGCUUCUGCGCAUGCGUGAGUGGCGAACCCAGAAGUAACCCGUUCCGGUACUUGCAGGUUUGCCGUGGACGUUCGCUGAAGCGGAUGCAAGCGGAGGCGGACGUAGAACGAGAUUUGACUGUAUUUUAUUAAGGCUGCUGGGAAUUAUAGGUCUGUGAGGUCAGCACCCUUCACAAACUACUGUAUUUUUCCAGGUAUAACAUGUCCCCAUAUAUAAGACGCCCCCUAUUUUUAGGGACUCCAAUUUAAUAAAGCCCAGCCAUUCACUAUCUGUGUACAGUGGUACCUCAGGUUAAGUACUUAAUUCAUUCUGGAGGUUUGUUCUUAACCUGAAACUGUUCUUAACCUGAAGCACCACUUUAGCUAAUGGGGCCUCCUGCUGCUGCCGCGCCACUGGAGCACGAUUUCUGUUCUCAUCCUGAAGCAAAGUUCUUAACCUGAAGCACUAUUUCUGGGUUAGUAGAGUCUGUAACGUGAAGCGUAUGUAACCUGAAGCGUAUGUAACCUGAAGCGUAUGUAACCUGAGGUACCACUGUAUAUGAUGACCCACAGAUUUUCACAUAAUUUUAAACUAAGAAAACCUAGUGUUAUACACGGAAAAGUACGGUAUAUUUGGUUUUGCUCUAAGAAAACAUGAUUAGCUGUGGAGAGGCGAUUUAUUUUGGAGCUGUGCAUUGUGUCACAAUGGGCUGAGGUCAUCAGCAUUAAAAAACAACAACACCUUUCAUGAGUUUGGCUUCCUCCUCAGGAGGCAAAAAGAGCAGAAGUGGGUACCAAGAGGUUAAGCCAUGAAGCAGUUUGCUAGUUACAAAGAUGAAUGGAAAUACUCAGUGAAAUUGUUUAUAUUUAGGAACAUGGUAAAAGUGGUCCUUUUCAGCAAAGCUCUCUAUUAAACCUUUGUUUUAGACUUCUGCUCUGAUGGAUGUUGCCAAAUCUCCAGACAACAUGGAGGGACUAAGGCAUAGAUUCAUGGUAAAUUCCUUAUUUAACUCUAUGGGGUUAUCUUUUGUCUAUAUCAAUGUUUCCCAAAAUUGGGUCUCCAGAUGUUUUUGGACCACAACUCCCACCCAGUGGUCAGGGAUGAUGGGAAUCAUAGUCCAAAAACAGCUGGAUAGUCAAGUUUGGGAAACGCUGGUCUAUAUGUUCCAUAUCACAGAAGACUAUGUUGUUUUCUAAUAUUUAUAAAAUAAAUUCUCCUUCCUUUUCUUCUCCCAUCAUCACCAUUCUCAUCCUUCUCAAAUAUGUUCAGAUUAACAUAGCCUCCUGGUGAAAAUAAAGUGGGAAAUAUUUAUUUAUAAAAAAUUCAUCCCAGCUUUUCCCCAAAGAGUGUAGGGUAGCAUCCAGGGAUGCACUAUUUUAUCCUUAUAACAAUUCACUGGAAUCCUGGAAGCUGAGGCCUAGGUUUUGGCCAAAUGCUUUUGGGUAAGAGAACCCCAGCAAAAAUUUAACAGCACAAAAAAGACAGCAAAGAAAAGCAUGGAAAUAUAUGCUGGAAAACUUUUUAAAUGUGCCUUUCCCAGUGAACCCCAAUAUAUCUCACUUCCCUAGCAAGCACACAAAUAGAUCACAUGCUUGGUAAGUCAUAAAAUAGUUUACUUACAAAACUCUCCAAAGGUCAGAUUAAUAUGUUUUUCCAUGCAGCAGUCAGAAAAAGUUGCACAGGCAGUGACAUGUUGCUUGGUUACAAGGUGGUAAAUGUUACUAAGCUAUUGGUAUACAAAAAGGCUAGUUUCAAACUCCAUUCUUGUCUGAAACAAAAGAGCCAGCAUUCUUUUCACUUGGCCAUUCUAUCCAACUAAAAUUCAUUUUUUAAAAAAUCAUCCUAUGUAUUUUUAAUUUCUUCAACUUUAGAGAAGUUUGUUGCCCAUUUGUGGCCAUUUACAAUAUUGCCUCUAUGUUCUUUUUCCCCAAAAGCAGAAAUGCACAGUGGAGUCUGGGACAAGACCAGCUUCUGACACCAACCUUAAGGUAAUGACUGCAGCAUUUCCAGGCAAUUGUGCCUCUUCUCUGUAGACUCCUGCACCUCAACAGAGGGGAUUUCAGCCAGUUUACCAGCAGGUGACACCUGCUGAAAAUCCCUCUUCUGUCACCCUUGUGUUGUCUUUGUAUCUUCCCACUUCACAUGUUAAAUUCCUUCAGUCAGGCAAGUACUGUAUUGGCCCGAAUAUAAGCUGCAACCACAACUUUAAAAUUCAAAAGGGGUGGGGAGAAAAAAAAUACAAUACCCGAAUAUAAGCCGCUCCCUUAAAAUUUUGCAGGCACUCACACCUGUUCCGUUUUACCAUAUGUCUGUUUCAGCAGCGAUAUCAUAAAAGCCAGUUUUUGUAAGGUUGCGGGUUUAAGCCGCACUUUAACUUUUCAUGCUCAGAAUUUGGGGGGGGAAAUGAGGCUUAUAUUCAGGCCAGUACGGUACUACAACUAAGUUUUUACAAAAGCUAUUUCAAGCAAUUCACAUUCAUUAUUGCCGCAUUUCAGAGAGGUUUAGCUGUGGGAGAAUCAGACUUAGGCAGCUGCUUUUCUAUUCUAAGAAGUUCUUCUAUUUAUAAUGUAAUUAUUUCCGAAACAGGAUAUAAUCUAUAUGCCCACAGAUGGACUCCUAGAAAAAACAGGGGAUCUGACUCAUCAAGUAGGUUUGUACUUUUUUUUUUUUUUUCCGGCUUUGUUAUAUAAAACUCUGAACCAAGUAUCUUCAUUUGUGGAUGUCAACACUACUGUUUUCUGAACUUAGGGGCACGUUGACCGCAGGUGAAACAGAGGACAGGGCUCCUGCAGUUUUGACAGUUGCCUACAAAAGGGAGAUUCACUGAUACUUCCCUUUUGGAAUAAUGAACAGUUUGGAAAGGGUUGUGCUUAGAUCACGGCUCACAAAUAUUGGGUUGUAUUCAGCAAAAUGUUCUGCAGUCGGAAAACCAACCAACACUUACCUGGUCUGGAAAGGCUCAGAAUUUGAUCAAGUUUUGUAUCCUAAUGGUUUAAGUCAAUACUUUGGACAAUGUGCUAUCCAUAAUCAGUGCUGGAUUUAGGGAGGUGUGUGCAGUUCCCCUGUACAGGGCGCCAAAUGGAGGGGGCACAGUUUAUUUAUUUUUUAAGAAAAGAAUUACUGUGAAAAUAAGAAUGGGAUGUGUGUCAGGGGGCUGGGCAGGUGAGGAGGAGGAGUGGAGGAUACCCUGCCCCCACCUCAGGAAGCUUUCAGUCAGGUCAAUGAAGGGAGUAUGGACCCAGGUUCGUGGUGGUGGGAGAUGGGACAGAGUCCAGAAGAACAAAAGAGCUGGGAAGUAAUGGAUAGUGAAGAACAGGAGCAAGAUAGCAGGUGCACUAGCCCUGGACAGAGCCAGGAGCCAGGUGCCAGGUGCCAGGAGCCAGGUUAGAAACAGCACAGCAGCCAGGUGACAUGAUGUCUCUGGAAGAGUAUGCCUCCUUCCUUCCUUCCUUCCUUCCUUCCUUCCUUCCUUCCUUCCUUCCUUCCUUCCUUCCUUCCCCUAGAACCUUCAUUCUUCUUUCUUAGGUGAUCACUCAUAGCCAAAUAAUAAUAAUAAUAAUAAUAAUAAUAAUAAUAAUAUAUUAUUUGUACCCCGCCCAUCUGGUUGGGCUUCCCCAGCCACUCUGGGCGGCUUCCAACAAAGAUUAAAAAUACAUUAAAAUGUCACACAUUAAAAACUUCCCUGAAUAGAGCUGCCUUCAGAUGUCGGUAGUUGUUUAUCUCUUUGACAUCUGAUGGGAGGGUGUUCCACAGGGCAGGCGCCACUACCGAAAAGGCCCACUGCCUGGUUCCCUGUAGCUUUGCUUCUCGCAGUGAGGGGAACCACCAGAAGGCCCUCGGAGCUGGACCUCAGUGUCUGGGCAGAACGAUGGGGGUGGAGAUGCUCCUUCAGGUAUACUGGUCCGAGGCCGUUUAGGGCUUUAAAGGUCAACACUUGAAUUAUGCUUGGAAACGUACUUGGAGCCAAUGUCUUCCAUAAACACGGUUUUAACAAUGAGUCCGUAAGUGACUGUGGAGGCCUAUUCCUGAUCCACACGUCCUUCCACGGUGGGGACAUUGGUUUCCAGGCAGGAGCUGAUCACAGUGUAGAUUUGCCAAGCAUGCCUUCCUCCUAGCACAUUUCUCCCUUGCAUCCUGAGUUCGAGUAUCUUCAAAGCCCACGACACCUUUGGUAAAGGUUGUUCUCCAAUUGGAGCGCUCGCAGGCAAGUGUUUCCCAGUUGUUGUUUCCCAGCGGGUGGCACUGUGAGUUAAACCACAGAGCCUAGGACUUGCCGAUCAGAAGGUCAGAAGAUCAGAAGGUUCGAAUCCCCAUGAUGGGGUGAACUCCUGUUGCUCGGUCCCUGCUCCUGCCAACCUAGCAGUUCAAAAGCACGUCAAAGUGCAAGUAGAUAAAUAGGUACUACUCCAGCGGGAAGGCAAACGGCGUUUCCGUGCGCUGCUCUGGUUCGCCAGAAGCGGCUUAGUCAUGCUGGCCACAUGACCCAGAAGCUGUACACCAGCUCCCUCGGCCAAUAAAACGAGAUGAGCGCCGCAACCCCAGAGUCGACCACGACUGGACCUAAUGGUCAGGAGUCCCUUUACCUUUAUAUAUAUCUAUCUGAACAGAAAGCCAAACAGAGACGGGGGAUUCCCUUUGCGGCCACUGCAGACAGCAGGAGGGGUCUGAGAGGUAGGAAGUAGCUGCCAGGGGGAGCAGCGGGCACUCUGAGCAAUAGCUCACAUUCCAUGGUCUCCAUGUAUUUCUAUUUACUGCUAAUAAAGAACUGAAAAGAAGCUCUCUGCUUGUUUGGUUUCACGUGGCAGUUAGCCAAGUAAGCUAUUUGAAGUCUUCCUCAUGACGGGGUAGGGGUGGGGGAGCAGCACCAAAUUUUGUCCUUGCGCGCAGGGUGCCAUAUUACCAAAGUCCACCCUUGUCCACAUGCUUUUUGGUCGUAUAUGCAAGAUAUAAAGGUAAAGGUAAAGCUUCCGGGUCAUGUGGCCAGCAUGACUAAGCCGCUUCUUGGCGAACCAAAGCAGGGCACGGAAACGCCGUUUGCCUUCCCGCUGGAGUGGUACCUAUUUAUCUACUUGCACUUUGACGUGCUUUCGAGCUGCUAGGUUGGCAGGAGCAGGGACCGAGUAAUGGGAGCUCACCCCAUCGUGGGCCCUGCACUGUGAAAAACCCAUGACAGAUUUAGAGGGGCAUGUAAACAAGGAGGGCAGGAGAAUGUUCUGCUGCACAAGGAGAAAAAGGUAACUUCGUCUCUUUGCGCAGCCGCAACCAUGCAAUAAACAAGUGUUUCCCCUUUCCCCUCCAGUCCAUGGCAGAUGUACAGCGGAGGAGAAGAAACUGCACCAAGGGAGCGUUCAGUAUGAUUUGCACGACAGGUUCCAUGAAGCUGAGGAAGAGAAGUGCAGCUUUUCUUCACAAGGUGCCCUGAGGGUGCUCUCUUGUUUGAGGGAAGAGGGGGGUACAAGGUCUGGGAAGACAUAGGAAUGCACGGUGGCGCAAUAGCAAAAUUUGAAAUGGGGGGGCUUAUUGUGACCAAGGUUGGUCAGGUGGAACAAGGGCUGUUUCUCCUUUAAUAGUUGGGUGGUUGAAGAAGUGGAAAAUCCUGCCUUCUAUACAACUAUUAAAAGUGAAGGAGCCCUGUGUCCUCUUUGUCACCUGACCACCUGAUAGUCCUCUCCCUGCAUCCAUAGCUAUUGCACGCCCCCACUCCAUGAAAAGUCCUUAAUUGCAGGCAGCUGUGUUGCUCUCUCUAUAUCUUCCACAAAACACACCCAUUAUAGCCUGAUGGUCAUAGAAUACAGACCUAGCAAAGUGUGAUGUAGCGGCUGCAGAGAAUGCAAGUUCACAUCUCUGAUCAGUUGUGAAAUUCACUGUGCGAGGAUUCAUGUUGCUUGUAAUUAAUAUUUAUAGGAAUAUAUAUAUAUAUAUAUAUGCACAUUUUUGUAUGGCAUAAUUUGUAUGUCUUGUAUGGCUGCCUUGGAGGCGUUUGGUUGAAAGUGAAGUUAGAAGCAUAUGAAUGAAUGAAUGAGGUGGAGGGCUCAGUUCUUAGGACAGAAACACAUCCUGGGCUAAUCGCUGGAUGUUCCCUGAAUUGAAUGAAGCUCUGCGACUUUGAAAAGAGACACUCCCCAGUUUCAUCUCUCACCAGGGCUGCAGGGUGAAUUAGGGCAGGCAAGCAGCUUCCUUAAGAAGUUUUUCAGGUCUCGGUGUUGCAGUUGCAAAUCUCGCUAGUGUAUGAAGAGCUGAUCUGGCCAUUUAAGCUUGGGAGACUUAAACUGCAGGACAUGCACCUUCAGCUCCAGGGAGGGUGACUCUGAGAACCCCACUGGCAGAGUAGCCGGCCUUCACGUUCAUCAUAACAAGAAUGUCUUUUUAAAAUGCAUUAGAGAAGAGUGUUUCCCCACUUUCCCCCUUACAGAUAGCGCAGCUGGUAGAGCAUGAGAACUCAUAAUCUGAUGGUUGUGGGUUCGAGCCACACAUGGAACAAAAGAUUCCUGCAUUGCUGGGGGCUGGACUGGAUGACCCUUGUGGUCCCUUCCAACUCUACGAUUCUGUGAAAACGCCAUUCCCCAAAAGAACAUAAUAGCAGCCCUACCACUCCGUCUAAAAGCCUGCCUAGUCCAGCAUCCCAAGCAACACGUAAGGGAAGUAGCAGUCUCCUGCUGCUGUCUCCAGUAACUAGUAUUCAGAGGCAUUACUGGCGGUCUGAUCCUGGAGGUAGUGUGCUCCUAUGGACGGAGCCUUAUCUAAUCCCCUUAAAAGUGGGAAAGAGUUGCAACUUGCUGGUUGCAGUGCAGGCUUUGCAUGCAAGCGGUCCUGGGCCGAGUCCUGGCCAUCUGUAGCUUGGUGCUUUAUGCAGAAAAAGAAGUUUCUGCCCCAAGGACCUUAUAAUAAAAUAUAUCAUUGAUUAGAGUCCUUGGCAACAGUUAAGCGGGUGAGAAACUGUCCAGCAUUUUGUUAGAGGGGCAUACAUUCUACAUGCAAGCCCUAUGCUUUAGCACUGAACUGUUCCAUCCAUCCCUAGCUGCACAUCGUAAAAGAAGUGGAAACUUGCAUACCCAAAUGCUUUAGAUGUCCUCUAUGGACGUGGGUGGCGCUGUGGGUUAAACCAUAGAGCCUAGGACUUGCUGAUCAGAAGGUCGGCGGUUCAAAUCCCCGCAACGGGGUGAGCUCCCAUUGCUCGGUCCCUGCUCCUGCCAACCUAGCAGUUCGAAAGCACGUCAAAGUGCAAGUAGAUAAAUAGGUACUGCUCUGGUGGGAAGGUAAACGGCAUUUCCGUGAGCUGCUCUGGUUCACCAGAAGCGGCUUAGUCAUGCUGGCCACAUGACCCGGAAGCUGUACGCCGGCUCCCUUGGCCAAUAAAGCGAGAUGAGCGCCGCAACCCCAGAGUCGGUCACAACUGGACCUAAUGCUCCGGGUCCCUUUACCUUUACCUAUGCAGACACAUAAUGUAUGUACACAUUCUCUCUCUCUCUCUCUCUCUCUCUCUCUCUCUCUGUAUCUCUCAUUCCACUUGGGUAAAUGAGCACGUCUUGUAUUUGUAUGAUGGUACAGUGUUUUGUCAUUGUGCUAGCCUACAGAUUCCGGUGGCAGAUUCUGGGAAGAGCUCUCAAUUCACCCUGACUUCAAUGCGAACCUUCCUAGCGACAGAAGGCCCCAAGCAGCGCACGCUCCUACAAUGCACUUGAUUGGAUCGGGAGGGGAAGCAUCAGAACCUUUCCCAAUGCCUGCAAGGUGGAUUCCUCCAUCAACAAGAAGGCACGAUGACAUUGAUAUGGAACCCAGCAUUGAUGCCCAAAGAGCAAACAGAAGUCUCUCUACAGGGACGGCGACCAACCUGCCCGGAAUAAUUCCAAGGGGCUCUGAGCUUCCGAAAGACUCGGAGGCGGAAGUUCAGGGGCUGGUGCCCGACCUCACCUUGCUCAUGGAUGUGGAGCCUUCGGAAGCUGUGGGACUCUCGCCAACUUCACCUGUGGCUCCUUUGCCGCAACCUCUGGAUGGCGACAUUGUUAUGCUUGACGAAACAGUUGUCAGGAAGUCAAAGGACAUCCCGAUUCUAGAGCGGGUUGGGGAGACGCUACGGCAAAAGAAACUGCGCACCCCCCAUACUUGAGGUAGCAGAAUGGGCUCUUGUUCGCUGCGAUGUGUAACAAAUAGGAACUGUGGGCAGGGCAGUGGCAGAAGCAAAUUCUCUGUCUGGGCACUACCUCUUCUCUGUUGUCCUUCUUGCAUACCUUCUCUCAAUGGAGGCUGGUGCAUCAGGGCGAGUGCCACUGUCCUAUCAACCUCUGUCUGCCCUCAGCCCACUGGUCUGCAUUCUUGCAACCAAGUCCAGAAGGGUGGCCCUAGGUGUUGGCUUCUUCCUCCUUAGUAACAUGUUGCCCAUGUAGAACUCAGUAGGUAGCAGGAUGGGCACAAAACUAGAGUUUGUUGGCAAUAGCUGCCAUUGGGUCUGCCUAUCGUUGACUCUGGCUCCUUCUACUGUUGGCUUCCUCCUGCCCUACCAGUCUGAAUGGGGUCCAGCCGCCAUUGCCUUGCAGAGAGACCUAGGAGAAGACAUGGGAGCACCUUGUGGUGGAACCCAAUGGGUUUCUGCUUCUGCCGGUCCAUUCAGCCCAGGAACUCUCUGGCUUGGGUGGCAAGCAAAAAAACGGAAAGAGACAGACAGAUAGAGUACUGCAGGGCGGAAAAGGGGAAGUGUUUUUGAUUAGGUCUAAAUCUUUCCAACUGAAGGGCAUAAGCACAUGAAGAAUCUGACAUAUAACAUCUACCACUGAUUAGUUUCAUUGGGUGACCAAGGUUCUGGUACUGCUAGGCAGAAAAUGCUCUGCUUCUCCACACUAUGUUUAACAUGUUCCUCUGUCAUCCGUUUUCUAAGCCCUUAGCUGAUUUAGCUUAAUCCUCAUAUGCAGUGCUUUUUUUUCCUUAAAAAAAAAAGUUUAGGGGUACUCUCAUUUUGACUCAAGAAAACCACCAUUUUAUAGUUCAAAUCGGGGGAAAUAAAUACAGCAAAUGGACAAAAGUACAAAGAUUCACAAAACGUUUAGGGGUAUGCUCCCCCCUGCAUCCCCCCAGAAAAAAAGCGCUGCUCAUACGGAAGGCGCUCUAUUUUAUUUAUCUAUUUACUUUCACACGCAUGCAUAACUCACCCUCUUCCCAUCAUGGAACCCAAGGCAGGAUGUACCAGGUUCCCAAAGUGGUCAUCCAUCCGCACACUGACCCAAACACGCUUGGCUUCAACAAAGAGGUGGACCUUCGGACCAUACCCUGGGGCACUCCCUGGCAGCUUAGACAUGGUGAUUUAUGCAAAAGGUCCUAGGUUCUGUCCUCAGCAUAUCAAUGUAGGGAUGGGGGAAAAGGAUCGCACCUGAAAUCCUAGAGAGCUGAUGCCGAUAGGUGUAGACCAGGGGUCAGCAAACUUUUUCAGCAGGGGGCCGGUCCACUGUCCCUCAGACCUUGUGGGGGGCCGGACUAUAUUUUGAAAAAAAAAAAAUGAAUGGAUUCCUAUGCCCCACAAAUAACCCAGAGAUGCAUUUGAAAUAAAAGCACACAUUCUACUCAUGUAAAAACACGGUGAUUCCCGGACCGUCUGUGGGCCGGAUUUAGAAGGCAAUUGGGCCAGAUCCGGCCCACGGACCUUAGUUUGCCUACCCAUGGUGUAGACCUAUUGAGCCAGACAGACCAAUAGCCCGACUUGGGUAAAAGCAUAUUCCUGCGUUCAUUGUUUCUGUUGCCCUGCUCUAGCUCUGUGCACCUGCAAUCUUACUAUGAGGAAGCACCCAAGUCCCACAUAGUUUAAUGCUUUAGUUUUGUGGAGAUUGUGUGGCUGGGAAUGUCUCACUAAUGUUUCCUUCCAAUUCUGCAGUGA